AUGCUUGGUCUGCCAACCGCCACAGCCAGAAGAAGAAGAACCGAAUGCGCUCAGAGUUUACAUUUCCUUGACGACGCGCUGAAUGCCACAUUCACAGAUGGAAGUGCUGAGCCCAUCAGUCCAGUGGGGACUGAUUCUAACAUCACUGAUCAGACUCCAUUGAGCACCGAUCUUAGCCCAUACCCCUUCACUUUUACUGAUAACGCACCUACAAUCACUAACCAGCCACGAUCAACAACAGCAGCGACUAAUGUGUUGAGGGCAGAAAUUAACUCUUCAUAUCCACUCAAACCCAACUCAAAUGACUCGUCUGCAGCUGCUACACCGAAGGGUACAUUCACAGAUGGUAGUGCGGUUCUGCCCACUGAUGCCACCAUAGUGCCCAUCACAAGCCCAUCGGACUGCCUCUGUGAUGUCACACCUGACUUCUGUGACAUUGGAUGCUGUUGUGAUGUCAUGGACUGUGGUCUCCUGAACCUCAGCUCUGUGUUUAACAGCUGUGGCCAGGAUGUGAGGUCUGGCGUCUGUCUUGAGAGCUGGCUAAUGUUCAGAACACAAAUUGAUCCAGCACUGGUUACUCUCACUGGAAACCUCUUUUGUGUUCAGAGAGAAGAGGAAAAACAGUCAGCUGCUCAGACAUCUGCUCAUUUUCAUCCCAAGUCCCUCUAUCCACUCUUACUGAGACAGCCUACAGCCUUCAACAGUCAAAAAAACAAGUUUUACAAGGUUGAUGACAUCAUUCUGACCUAUUAUGACCGUACAUCCAAAGUUAGCACACUUAGACAGCCAUCACCAGGUCCAGUGUCAUCUGCCUGCAUCAACAACAAUCCUGCAAGGUUCAUGCGUUCAAGUUCUCUAUCUUGCUCUCGUGCUGUGACAGCACGCUCUUGUGCGGAUGACAGGAAUUUAAAUGCUCUCACAUACUACACUGGCUUCAGACUACUGAGGGUUCCCAUGGCCCAGGUGGAGGGCAGUCCAGAUUUGGUUAUCCCAAUUUCUACUGUGAGUGACUGGCCUGAACCGCUGGAGCAAAACGGCUCAUGUCUGAAUGUGGUAUCAAAGGUGGAGUAUGUGAUUGAGUACACAGGCAAAGGAGAGAUUGCAAAAGCUACACUGAACAUAGAACUGCUGAACACAACUAUAGAUACACAACUACUGCAAAAGCAUAUGGUUAUAUUCCAGUUGGUCACACUCACUCACCCCAUGGCCACACCAACACCUCCAUCACCUCCAGAGGGGCUGAAACCUGAAUCGCCACUAGUUGGGUGGUUUGGUGAAAAAUCACAACCUUUGACAGUUUUGGGGUUGUCAGAUGAUGGAGGGUGUUCUGCAGAUCUCGGUAAUCGGCCCCCUGUUCUUUUUAAACAAAACACUGUGACUGGCUGCGCCUUCAGGUCUUCGUCCAGUGACUGUGGAGUGUUGCGGGCUGAGCUUUUGAGUAUUUUAGCAGGGGUUGCAGUGCCUGAUCUGAUCAGUAUGACUGCAGGCUCUCAGACAGACCAGAGUCGAGUCAUUUCACAAGACUGUUCCACACCAGCUUCAGAAGCAUGCGAGACGGGUUGUCUCUUGCCCGUGUCUCUAUCAUUGCGGGUGCUCUGGGCUCAGAGGGGCCUCAGGGCCCUGCCACAGAACCACAUCUUGGGGGCCAAAUUCAUCUUUGGCUGUCAGAGAUUGAAGUGUCCCCUUCGGUCUUCUGUCCCAUUGACCUCUGAGGUGAUGUUCUCUGAUGCUACAGUUUACCCAGAAGCCCCUGGCGGGGGGGAACAUCAACCUGAAUGGAAGUUUCCAUUUGCUUUUUUUUCCAGAGGGGUUGGAGAGUUUGAUCAAGAGUAAAUCAAACUUCAGUACCAGCCAAUGAUGGAAGAGUUUCUAAGACAUUAUUUAAAGAACGUGUAAUUUCUGCAGCACCAGUGGCACAUUGGAGGAACAUUGACAACUGGAAAAAAACGUAAUGUAUGGCCACCGUGGAUGUCCAUAUGUUUGGAAACAGUUUUUGAAAUUUGGUUUGAUGCUGAUGUCAAAUUAGACUCCACUCAAAGCUUGAAAGAUACCACAGCUGUAAAUAGUUCCUCAUUUUAAAUAAAGUUGUUUUAGUUUUUUUUUUUUUUUUUCC